AUGGCAUCAAACUUCGCCUCAUUUGCGUCAUCUGAGCUCGAGGCGUUGCGAAAGCGCGCCCUUGAUGCCGCAGUGGCCGCUCCUGAUGCCCAAUCGCGCGCCAUCAACGAGCAGCGAGCAAAGAUAGACGCGCAAGAAUACGCGCACGACACCAAGCGCCAAUACCCAACUAUCGAAGCCGAGAACGCAGCGCUGAGGCAGAAAAUCGUCAAGUUGGAGCAGCGCUUGGCGCAGGGAACGCUGGAGCUUGAACAGAUGGAGGACAAAUUGAGUGAGUUAAAGAAGUUGGAGAAGGAUAUCAGGGUCUACAAUCAAAGUCUGAAGACUGUGAUGUUCCUCGUUGGAUAUAAGCAACCCGAGGAGCGAGGACAACUUGUCAGGACACGUACUGCGGAGUAG